AUGGAUACAGAUUCGGAGACGAAGCUCAUUUCACUCAUUUCUCAACUGUCCCUUCUCAACAACCAUGUAUCUCGUUAUUGGGAUUCGAAGAGCAUACCACUCAUUUUUCAAAUAAUAUCUCUCAUCAGAUCUAUGAAUUUGGAUUCGCAGCCCAAGCCGGAGUCGGAGCUCAUGUCACUCGUUAAGCAAACAAUCUCUCUCUUCAACUCUUUAGAUUUGGAUUCCCUGCCGAAGCCAAUGUCCAAGCUCAUCUCACUCUUUUUUCAAAAAAAUGCUCUUGGGAACUCUGAAGAUUCAGAUUUGGAUUCGAAGUUGGAUUUGAAGUUCAGUGGACUUGCUUCCAAAGCAUUGAGACUCGAGCCGGAGCUGGAGCUCAUAUCUCCCAUCCAUCAAGUACUCCUUCACGUCACCUCUAUGAAUUCGAAGUUGAAGAAGCUUAUUUCCUUAUCCCCUCAAGUAAAAGUAUCACUGAGAGAAAGAAAAUUUCAAGUGUGUGAAGAAGUCUUGUGGAGAAGCAAGAACAAGUGGUACUGUCUCCCCGGAAGUUGGGAAAAAUUCAUGUUAAGAAAAGGGGAGGACGCUAGCCAUUUUCUCUGCGGAGGUUGCAAAGGCGAGAACCAUAUAGAAUAUGACAAGGCUCCAGUCGUAACCAAACACCCUCUUCACCCAAAACAUUUUCUUCAACUUGUCUUGUUGGAGUACUAUAGUGGAACGAGGAAAUGCUACUGUUGUGAUGAAGAUCUCAUAAAGGUAUUUUAUUACUGUUCGUCUUGCGAUUUUGCAAUGAAUAUAGCUUGUGUCGAGAAUCCACCAGUCUUAUCUAUAGACCAUCCAAAGUGGCAUGAGCAUACGCUUGCUCUGUUUCCAAGACGAGCUUCCUUGACCUGCAACGUCUGCGCCUUAUCCGAUUCAAGCUCUCCUAUCUAUAUGUGUCCCCCUUGUGACUUUGUGGUCCAUCUAAAAUGUACCAGCUUACCACGUGUCAUAAGAAUAUCUCGCCAUCUCCAUCGGAUCUCUUUUACCCCUUCCUUUGAUCAAGGAGAUUGGUCUUGUGGAGUUUGCCGCACAAAGAUCGACAGUGAUUAUGGGGGUUAUUCUUGCAUCAGGGUCGGUUGUUUAUAUGCUGCUCAUUCAAGAUGUGCCACACAAAGCAAUGUGUGGGAUGGGAUUGAACUUGAAGGAGAGCCAGAAGAAACUGAAGAAGAAGAAGUUGCGCCGUUUGUGAGGAUAAGCGAUGGGAUCAUACAACAUUUCAGCCAUGAACAUCAUCAUCUAAGACUCGAUGAGAACACUGGCAGAGAUUACGACGAGGAUAAGCAGUGUCAAGCUUGCGUUGCGCCUAUAUAUUUUGGUAACUUCUACUACUGCAUGCAAUGUGAUUUUAUUCUACAUGAGACGUGUGCAAAUUUUCCUCGAAAAACAUAUCACCCCAUACAUCCACAUAUGCUCACUCUAGCGAUAGGAUAUGAUGGUGUUUAUGGAAUAUCUUCGGGACACAUGUUCAGCUUGUAA